UUCUCUCUCCUCAACCUCCUCCUCCUCCUCUCUCUCUCUCUCUCCCCCCUCAACCUCCCCCUGUUGACUUCCAACAAAUCGAAAAACAGUCGUCCGUCUCGAUCCUUCUCCAUAUCGUUUGGCAUUGUGGAGAAUCCAACGAGUACGAUCAUGGAAGGCAGCGCCCUGGAUGAUCUGAUCGAGAGGCUGCUGGAAGGCAAGAAGCACAAGGCCGGCGGCAAGAAGAUUCAGCUCAGUGAGCUGGAGAUCCGCAACCUCUGCGUCGCCGCGAAGGAGAUCUUCCUCCGCCAGCCCGUCCUUCUCGAACUGGAGGCGCCGAUCAACAUCUGCGGUGACGUGCAUGGCCAGUUCUCUGACCUCCUCCGGUUAUUCGAGUAUGGCGGCUUCCCGCCGAGCUCCAACUACCUCUUCCUCGGCGACUACGUCGACCGAGGGAAGCAGAGCAUCGAGACCAUCUGCCUCUUGCUGGCAUACAAGAUCAAGUACGCCGACAACUUCUUCCUCCUCCGAGGCAAUCACGAAUGUGCCUCCAUCAACCGCAUCUACGGCUUCUACGACGAGUGCAAGCGCCGGUUCAGCGUCCGGCUGUGGAAGCUCUUCACCGACUGCUUCAACUGCCUGCCGGUGGCCGCCAUCAUCGACGACAAGAUCUUCUGCAUGCACGGCGGCCUCUCGCCCGAGCUGCAGAGCAUGGAUCAGAUAAGGGAGAUCGAGCGGCCGGUCGACGUGCCGGAUCAGGGACUGUUGUGCGACCUCCUGUGGUCUGAUCCCGACCGGGAGAUCAGGGGAUGGGGGGAGAACGACCGAGGCGUUUCCUAUACUUUCGGUGCGGAUAGGGUGGCAGAGUUCUUGAGGAAGCAUGACCUCGAUCUCAUCUGCCGAGCUCAUCAAGUUGUGGAGGAUGGCUAUGAAUUCUUUGCAGACAGGCAGCUGGUGACCAUCUUCUCAGCUCCAAACUACUGUGGGGAGUUCAACAACGCUGGUGCACUGAUGAAUGUGGAUGCAAGCUUGCUCUGCUCAUUCCAAAUCCUCAAGCCUUACAGAGGAAAGGUAGGGGGAGAGUGAAGGGCUGCCCAACAAAGAGCUUGAGUUUUGUGCAAGAGAAACAACAAUGCGUUUCCUUACAGUUUGUAUCUGAAAAGAUUAUUUUGCCUUCCCUUGUAGCAAAUUAUUGAUGAGUUCAAAUAUAUACUCAGUCUGUGUACAUAAAAAUGCCAAAGUAGAUUCAAUUUUUCUGUCA